CAGCUACCCCUUAACAUUCUCUCUUUUUCUUUCUUUCUUUCUUUUCUCCCUUUACUUCUUUCCAUUAUUCAGUUAAGCCUCUGUCCUGCUACAGAAAAGAUAUGCAACUUCCAUAGGAUUCCUCCUUCCCAGAAGCUUGCAAGACACCGGGGCCCAUGUGUGCUCUGAGCUCAGGGCUGGUAGGAUGUGCCUCAAGAUGAACUGUUGUUCCUCAAAACACUUUACCUUGGAACUGGAUGGAACUGAUUUCUGAUUCAACAUUUUUGCUUGUUGAGACACUAAUUGCACAGAUCUAUCUCUGGGCCCAUGUUCUUGUGGAUUCUUGGAUGGCCCAUUUAUCAAUUACUGCAUGCUGAUUGGCCGGGACUUUGUAAGUGUUGGUGAAUGGCGCAGCGCAGUUCAGGUGGACGCGGGCGUAGAGGCAGCUGGCUCACAGCCUGUUUUUUCCCGUCAUCCUCAGGGAGAGAGCGGGGAGAAGCUUUGGGUGCUGAGGAGUGUAUGUGUGUUUGUGUGGUGACAGCGGACUACCAGAGACAGGAAAAUACAGAGAUCAACCUGAGAGCAGGAGAGAGAGUGGAGGUGAUCGAGAAGAGUGAGAGUGGUUGGUGGUUUAUAAGAACAACUGAAGAACAAGGCUGGGUUCCUGCUACAUACCUUGUCUCUCUCACUGGACACCGAGAUAGUCAUAGAAUAUCGAAUGGAGAGACAGAGCGGUAUGUCACAGUUCAGUCCUACAUCAGUUCAAGUUUGGAUGAGCUGGGCUUUGAGAGUGGAGUCAUUGUUGAGGUCAUCCAAAGGAAUCUGGAGGGCUGGUGGUUCAUACGUUAUGGGGGUAAGGAAGGAUGGGCCCCAGCUGCCUAUUUGCGGAAGAUACAAGAUGGUGUUAUGCCUGGUAACCAGGCAACAGAGACAAAUAAACCAGCUGUGGAGGGUCAGGUGGAAAUCAUCGGAAACCUCAUGGAGAUCAGCAACCUUCUGAACAAGAAACACACUCAAAUGGACACAAAUGCACACCAUAACAGCAAUGCGUCUUUGCAUUCAAGCCAUAACACAUACAUGCACUCAAAAACUGACUCAUAUACACAGUAUAAUGGUGAUGUAAAACAGACUGAUGCUUACAAUAACAAUACACACACUAACAAUGACAACAGCACCAGCCUUAGCACAGCAGCUAACACAGGCAGUAGCAACCCAGUUACAAGCUCAGAAAGGGACAUUAAUGAACAGGUCAGCUCUAGCUACAACCCACACACAGAUACAAGUGUGUGUGUCUCAGUCUUGGAUACAAGUGUGUCUGUGUCAGUUUCGAAUGCUGGUGUGUCUUUUUCGGAAACAAGUGUGUGUUCAGCAACAUCGUCUGCAAUUAAGAGAAAAACCGUCCCUCCAUCUCCUGCCAUUGCUCGAGUUGCACCUCAGAGAUACCACAGUGUGGAGAACAGAUCCCCAUCAAACAGUCAAAAACCACCUCCCCGCCGAGAAAACAGCCUGGGGUUUCAGUUACCACAGCCUCCACACCCCCCUAGUGUUGAAGCCGAGUAUUACACCAUAGCUGAGUUCCACUCCUGCUUGACUGAUGGGAUCAGUUUCAGCGGAGGACAGAAAGCUGAUGUAAUUGAGAAGAACUCUGGAGGUUGGUGGUAUGUCCAGAUCGGAGAUAAAGAGGGUUGGGCCCCAUGUUCUUACAUCGACAAACGUAAGAAGCCUAGCUUGAACCGUCAAACUAGCACACUGACCCGGCCCAAAGUCCCACCUCCUGCACCACCAAUUAAAAAGCAGAAUUCACUUCCAUGUGUGGAGUCAGAGGUCUUGGCCCCAUCGAGUCCACGAGUGUAUGAAGAGCCAGAAUAUGAUGUUCCAGCCAUAGGCUUUGAAUUUGCCCCUGAGCUUGACUUUUUCCCAGGAGACGCACCAACUAAAUCCCCGCCUCCUCUGUCCCAUCGUACCGUUUCUUUCACAUUGGAAGAAGAGGAUGGAGAGGAAGAUGAGAGUGUGUAUGCAAAUGGAGGGUUCAUAUAUGUCCCAAAAGUUCUGGGGAAAAGCCAUUCAGAUAUACAUUCCCCCUCUGGAGGUCAUAGGUCAUCUACUAUGUGGGAUCCACCCGAAUAUGAUGCCCCUACAAUCGAACCCAGCAAUGAGAUCUGUACUCAACUCUAUGCACACUCUAAAGUUAACCAACAGCAACCUAAACUCAAACAGCAUGCAGAUGAGUCCAAAUCCAAACCGUCUGUACGUCCGAAACCCGCAAACCAAGACUGUAAUUCCCUCAGAAGACCCCGAAAAUCUGCGAACCAGGAGCAACCAGGCCAAAUAAAAUACAGAACCUCACGCACAUCUGAGGAAUCUGAGAGUGCCGUAGUGUCUUUGGAAGUCUCUAUGGGUUCCAUUGAUCUGUCCAAAGAACACUCUUCCUUCUUGUACUGCACAACUGCGGCGUACCAGCGGGAGGAGUCAUGCGAGCUUAGCUUCCCUGCAGGAGUGCAAGUAGAGGUACUGGAAAAGACCGAAAGUGGCUGGUGGUUUAUCCGUUGGGAAAAUGAGGAAGGCUGGGCACCCACCUUCUACCUUCAACCAAUCAAAAGCCUAGACACAGGUGGCAUAGAAGCCAAAACCACUGAGAGAAUACAUUCGGAGACGUCUUGUCCAGAGCUGGAGAUUGCAUUGCAGGUGAAUGUUGGAAAGCUGGGUAAAAUCAUAAGUCUGGAAAAGAAUGAGCAACGUGUUAACCAAAGCCUGAAAAGCACCCACAGAUCUAACCAGCAGAAUUGCAAGGUCGGUGUGAAGCAGGUCGCAGUGCGACCGCAUAAUGUACUCACCACAACCCACACCAAAGAUAACACAAAUAGCUUGUCUACUAGUAUGCACACAACUCCAUCAGGACAGAGGAAUGACAUCCUACCUAGCCGUGCCUCACUCCAUAGCUACAAUGAUCAAUCCACCUCCUCCUGUGCAGGUAAUAUGAAGAGCAUGAGGCGUAUGGUGCCUGUUUCAAUGGUGAAGCCAAAACCUCACCUCAUCCACAACAAUUUGCGUGAGGAAUAUGUUUCUAUCGCUGAUUACCAUGGCGAUGCAGAGACGAUGAGCUUCACUGCUGGUACAAGGUUGGAGGUGCUGGAGAGAAACCCCAAUGGCUGGUGGUACUGCCAUGUGCUUGACACGGCUAAAACACGCAAGGGAUGGGUGCCCUCCAACUUCCUUGAGAGGAGGAGCUAGUAGAGCUUAGAGGACUGGUGUUAUAUUCAGUGUUUUUCCAUUUUUAUAAAAUAUGUUUUGUGGAUGUUAUGCUCACUAACAAAGAAAGACUGAUCCAAGAGAUCAUACUCUGUAAGCCUGAUCAAGGGAAAAUGUUGUGAUGAAGAUGGAAUAUUUCACAGUUUUACCUUUUUUAGAAACAUUAUUUUUAAUUUUGCCAUCUCAAAUGUCAACUUGAAUUACAUUUAAAUAAUUGGUGGUUUGAAAAUAGAAGGAAAAAAAUGCUUGUGAUGGACAACUGAUGAUGUCACUAGCGAAAAUUUAAUUGUGCUCUUUUUGGGGAAAUCCAGCAACAUAAUCCUGCGGCUUUAAUUUGACAUCUUUAGCUCAAAACUUGACUAUAACCCCAAUCAUAAACAAUGUCCCUUAAAAAAUAUUUGCAUGAGAUGCAGCCAUCUCGAUUCUGAUCACAAAAUCAAAUGUGUCAUGAAACAGAACACAAAGAGAGUGAGUCAUAAUUUAAUUCCCUCACUGAUUGACAUCUUGUUUAUAUUCUGUAUACUCAGAGAAUGCUUGUGCUGGAUGAAGUGAUGUUGUUUUCACUGAACAAGCUUUUAGUUAUUGCUUUAAGGUGCUCUUAUUUAGCAGAAGGUCUUGUUUUAAAUGUUGCUCUUUUUACAUUUGUUUAAAGUAAAUACACAUAUCAAGGUCUGUUUACAGAUCAGAUGCAAUUUCAUAUACAUUACUAUCUAUCUAUCUAUCUAUCUAUCUAUCUAUCUAUCUAUCUAUCUAUCUAUCUAUCUAUCUAUCUAUCUAUCUAUCUAUCUAUCUAUCUAUCUAUCUAUCUAUCUAAUCUGUCUGUCUGUCUGUCUGUCUGUCUGUCUGUCUGUCUGUCUAUCUAUCUAUCUAUCUAUCUAUCUAUCUUCUCAACUGUAAAUGUGAUCUGGUUUGUGUGAUUAAACAUGGUGCUAUUCCUUUAUUACAUAAUUUCAUUUUCAAUUCAAGGCUUGCAAUAAAUAUCUGCUAGAGUGCUGUCUUGCAGCUUGAUCAAAAUUUGGUUUUUUGAAUCUGGUGUGAGAGUCUGUGCGUUUUUACAUAUGCAGUAAUCACUGUUCAUAUGUAUUCCAUAAGGUUCUCCAGAAAUAAGUAAUCAGUCCAUGAGUUACCAAUCACGCAUUUGUCUACUCAAACAAAAUUGACAGAAAAUGUGUCCUACCUUAUACCUUAGAGUGUGAUGUUAUAUAAGGAGUGAUAUCUUGAGUGAUGUGAUUUUAUAUAUAAAAAAAGUUGGUGUUAUUUACUAGUUUAAAAAUACUGUUUUUAAGAAUGACAAAAACAUUUAACAAAAAACAACAAUUUCAUAUGAAGAUGGCAUUGUAAAAUUAGCAUAGUAGCUAAAUUUCCCAUAAUACACGCCUAGCCUAACGCAAGUCCAGAGUGCUGAACAAUCUUUGAAUUUCGCAUUGUGUUAAAUUCAAGUAUUAACAUUGUGCCAUUCACUAUCAUGCACAGUCACUUCUGUGUUUUCUCAACUUUUUGGUCAUUUAGCAGAUGUUUUUUUCAAAGCAGCAUACAAAGGACAGUCCACCUGGUGCAACCUCAUGGUUGGUUGCUUGCGCAAGGUAACAAGGUAACAAUAGCUCACAGCUCAUUCCUUGUGGUGCUCAAACAGCACU